GGGACAGGAAGUAGAGUCUGACUGAGUUCGGGUGGAAGGCGGCCACAGGAGGAGAGCAGGGUGCAGCGCCUGCAAGCUUUGGAGAGAGAGCCGCAAUGUUCCGGAUCGAGGGUCUCGCGCCGAAGCUGGAUCCCGAGGAGAUGAAGCGGAAGAUGCGCGAGGAUGUGAUCUCCUCCAUUCGGAACUUCCUCAUCUACGUGGCCCUGCUGCGAGUCACUCCAUAUAUCUUAAAAAAGUUGGACAGCAUAUGAAGAUUGGAAGCACACGGAUGCAUGGCAUGAAGAAUCUGGUGACAGUUUCUCCUCCUGUCUGCAGAUGAAUCGGCCCAGAAAGGUGUAAGACUGAUUGAAUAGACAUAAAAACUCUACUUGUUAAGACCAAGUCGGGCCUUGAGAACUGAUCUUCGUAGCUGAAAUAUAAAACUCUUUGGGAAGUGCGAAAUGAUGUCUUGUGGUCUGGUUGCCCUUGGGCCUGUGAGAGCCACCUCUGUGAGGGUUGAUGGAAUUGUAAAAACUAUCAAACUCUAA